AUGGCUCCCCCGCGUCAACGCACCACAGCUCUCGUCGACGACUCGAGGUCCGAAGCCUCAAGCGGCACUCGCGAAUAUCGAACCACGGCCUCCAAAAGCCGCAAGAAUGGUCCUGCAACCAAAGACAAAAAUGCAGUAACCAGCGCCCCCGCCGGCAGUGACCAGCAGGAGGGCCAACCCCGACUACCAUGGUCUGACCUCCCUCUCGACAUCCUCCAUGCCUACCGCCACGUCCACAAACUGCCCACUCCCAGCGCCUUCGCCAACGACUACUCCCGCAUCGUCCUCUCGCAGGGCAUCGGCCUGCGUUCGCCAACCUCCCUGGCCGCUCGGCGCGCCCAGUCCUCACACUCAAACUCACAAUCAAACUCCAACUCCAACUCACACUCAGCCCGCGAUCGAAACCCCGCCUCCGCCGGCUCCGUCGACGACUCCUCGCUGCGCCGCAUCAUCGGCCAGGACCGCGUCAGCAAGGACCAAUUCGCGCUCGUGGUCCGCAAACACUUUAACAGUGCGGGCCUCUCGGAGCAGGAGUCCAUUGCCCGGUUUCUGUAUACUGUGCGCGAGGAGAGACGAGGGCGUCAAUUUCGGUUGAGGUUUCAGCCGUAG